AUGAAACUCUCCCAAAUACUGAAACCUGAGAAUGAAGAAGACAAAAAACAACAGCAACUGCUGAUUAUUUUGCUCUUGAUGGGGGCUGGAUAUUAUUUUUUGGUUUAUUUACCGCAAGAAGAAAUAAAGAAAUUAGAAAUGGAAAUCCAAACUGACAUUAACAAAUUAAAGGACAUUAAGUCUCAAGAAUACAGUAGCCAUUUGACAAAAUUGCAAAUGGAGCAAAUUCGUUAUGGUCAAGAGUUGUUGGAAGAGACCCAAAGAGACACAGAAGAAAAAAAACGAAAAGCAGAAGAAGCGGCAAAAAAUAAAAAACUUCAUUGA